CCCCCCCUCCCCGGUCCCUGCCUUCUCCCCCCCCACCCGUCCCUCCCCCCCCAACCUCCGGAGCUGGGAAGAGAGUCAAGAUGGCGGCGAAAUCCGAUGGCGGUGGCGUGGGGGUGGGCUUCGCCCAGCUGCACAACCUGGACGAGGCGGUGGGCAGCGGCGAGGAGGACGGGGAGCCCGGGGGAGGCGGCUGCGGCGGCGGCGACGGCAGCGAGCCCGGCGAGAGCAGCUCGCUGCACAUCUGCCACUGCUGCAACACCUCCUCGUGCUACUGGGGCUGCCGCUCCGCCUGCCUGCGCUCGCUGCUGGGCAAGAAGCCGCGCCGCAGCGCCGCCGCCGCCGACGGGGGGGACCAGCCUCUGCAGCCGCCCGGGGCCGCCGGCCGCCACCCCCCGACGCCCUCGGCCGGCCGACCGCAGCCCGCGUCGCCGCAGGUGGAGCGGCCGUGGCUCGACUGCCUGUGGAUCGUGCUGGCGCUGCUGGUGUUCUUCGGGGACGUGGGUACCGACCUGUGGCUGGCCCUCGACUACUACCGCAAGGGGGACUACGGCUGCUUCGGGCUGACCCUGUUCUUCGUGCUGGUGCCGUCGCUGCUGGUGCAGAGCCUGAGCUUCCGCUGGUUCGUGCAGGACUACACGGGCGGCGGACUGGGCGCCGUGGAGGGGCUCAGCAGCCGGGGACCCCCAAUGAUGGGGGCCGGCUACGGCCACGGCGCGGCCCGCGGCGCCCCGGGUGCGGGGGGCUCGGCCACCCCGGGGGCGCAGCGUCUUUGCCGCCUCUCCGUGUGGAUCUGGCAGUCGGUCAUCCACCUGCUGCAGAUGGGGCAGGUGUGGAGGUAUAUCCGCACCAUGUACCUGGGGAUUCAGAGCCAGCGGCAGAAGGAACACCAGCGACGCUUCUACUGGGCUAUGAUGUACGAAUACGCAGAUGUCAAUAUGCUGCGCCUCCUGGAGACCUUUCUGGAGAGCGCGCCCCAACUGGUGCUACAGCUCUGCAUUAUGAUCCAGAAGAAUAGCGCAGAGACGCUGCCCUGUGUCUCCUCUGUGACUUCCCUGAUGUCCCUGGCUUGGGUGCUAGCCUCCUAUCACAAGCUGCUGCGGGACUCCAGGGACGACAAGAAGAGCAUGAGUUACAGAGGGGCCCUCAUCCACCUCUUCUGGCGCCUCUUCACCAUCUCAUCCCGAGUUAUCUCUUUCGCCCUAUUUGCUUCCAUCUUCCAGCUGUAUUUCGGGAUCUUCGUGGUGGUGCAUUGGUGCGCCAUGGCCUUCUGGAUCAUCCAUGGAGGGACAGACUUCUGCAUGUCCAAGUGGGAAGAGAUCCUCUUCAACAUGGUGGUAGGGAUCGUGUACAUUUUCUGCUGGUUUAACGUCAAGGAAGGGCGGACUCGAUACCGAAUGUUCGCAUACUAUACGAUAGUCUUGACCGAGAAUGCUGCCUUGACGUUCCUUUGGUAUUUUUACAGAAACCCGGAGAACACUGACUCCUAUGCCGUGCCAGCACUGUGUUGUGUCUUCGUUAGCUUUGUGACUGGGAUCGCGCUCAUGCUCUUAUACUAUGGCGUGUUGCAUCCCAUGGGGCCGCGGGCUAAGGUCUUUGCCAGCUCCUGUUGUGCCGAGCUGCUCUGGGGCAUCCCUUUGCCCCCCGAUGUUGAGCCCAUGGCACCUCAGACCCCUGGGUACCGGGGGACCCAGGUCACUCCCACCAGAGCCGUGACGGAACAGCAGGAGGACCUCACGGCUGAUACUUGCCUGCCUGUAUUCCAAGUGAGACCCAUGGGGCCCUCCACCCCGUCAGGGCGUCCUUACCACCCAGAAGGGCCCCUAAUUAAGAUUGACAUGCCAAGAAAGAGGUACCCGGCCUGGGAUGCGCACUUUGUAGACAGGAGGCUGCGGAGGACUAUUAACAUCCUGCAGUACGUCACCCCCACCGCAGUGGGCAUUCGCUACCGAGAUGGGCCUCUGCUUUAUGAGCUGCUGCAGUAUGAGUCUUCACUCUAGAACACCUUGACCCAGAUUGAGAAGGGGACCUUAAGUCUGGUUGCGGUCAAUGCCGCCUGCAAGAAAUAUAACCCUCCCUUCCCCCAAAACACAGAACCACUACCACCACCACUACCACCACCACCGCCGCCACCACCAUCACCACCACCACCGCCACCACCACCACACCGCCACACCGCCACCACCAACACUACAAACAGAUCAAUGAGUCACAUCCCCUUCAGAUAAGCUUUCUUUCCAGUCACUAUAUGUAUACAAAGAUAUUCUCUAUGUUUUGUAAGUAAAAACAAAAAGAAAAGCUUUCUUUUGUUUUUUUACACAUAAGAAACAGUAUUGAAAAAAAAUUAAUCCCACACUACAGUUCCUAGGGUGGAGAAGGAGGAGUUCUCUCCUCUCCAAAAGAAACAAAAAAGUUUUCUACUUUACACCAAGUGUAGAUCAUUGAUGGGAUUGGUGCUGAUUGAGAGAACAAAACAAAACAAAACUAAACUAAACAAACAAACAGAAACCUUCAACUGCCUUAUGCCCUUAGGUGCUGAGUUUCUUUAGGUACUGUCAUGUUUUCUCACACAAAACUCUCUGGUGACUUUCACACCAGGAGAGAAAAAAAAAAUUAAAUAAUCAAACGAAACAAAAUAUCAACAAAACAAACAAAUUAAAACAACAAACAGAUACCAUACCAAAACGAUCCUUCCUAUCUGAUGAUUUGUAUUGAAAAACAAACAACAAACAAACAAACUGACCAAAAGCAAAGGCAUAGAAACCCCUCUCUUUAUUCAGUUUCUCCUGCCCCUUUUCCCAUUUUGCAAAGCCUUCUAGAAGCUACUUGGAUCUCCACUGGCCGGAAAAGCUACUGGAAGGCUGACUAUGUGCCAUUUAAACAUUUGCCUAGCAAGAAUUGCAUUGUUUUUCCCGUGCAAAACAAGAAAAACAAACAAACAAAAAAGGCAAAACAAAAACAAGAAUGAAACCCCCAGACACCCAAUUUGGUAAAUUCUAAAAGCAGAUCAAAGGAAAUGUCCACAAACACCAUCAAAGAGAAUCAUUAAUGAUACAACUCAGCAUGGUAGCAAAAAGGAUGACUUCAAUUUAAAGGCACAAUACUUAGUCCCUGACUGGUGACAAUGAUCUCUUCCGUCGUUUUAAGGCUGAGAAGGGCGCAUGUGUGUCACGUGUGACAGUGUGGAAGGCCUCUUCUCUUUCCAUUUUUGGUAGGGAGCCUUAAACUGAUCCGGAAAGAGUUUUUUCUUUUUUCAUUUUUCAUUUGUGCUUUUGAAAAAUAACAUAAAGAGGAACACUAGACUAUCUAUCUCUAUAUCAAAAAGUCAAAUCGUAUUAACCAACCCAUUUCACAGACUGGUGCUUCUGUCAAUGUGGUUGGCUGAGACUCAUUCAGCCUGGUGCAUUUGGGGUGAGUGGACUGUGUGUGUGUGUGAGAGAGAGAGAGAGAGAGAGUGUGUGUGUGUGUGUGUGUGUGUGUGUGUGUGUGUGUGUGUACACCUGCUGUAAGGUCUUGCCAGAAAUACACAAAAUUGAAAUGAGGCAGAUACUGUAGUAGCUGGGAAAGGGAAAUGUAAGGGGCUGGAUGGAAAAGGUGGGCAAAGUGGCAUCUGAGUGUGGCCAUCCACCUAGAGAGCAAGUCCCCACCCAGCAGCAGAAACUGUUCCUCCAGGCCCUGUGGCUUUGGUGAGGAUUUGAGACAACUGUUUAUUUUUCUCACUCUACCAAGGUGAAUUUCUGGAGGUGUCACAAGUAUGUUUGACCAUUUGUAAAAUUUUUAAUUUGUUUUUGGAAGGUACUGUUCCUUUAAAGAGUAUUUCUGUUUUAGGGUAUUAUUUUGAUACCAUUCUAUCUUACUUGGGCACACAUUAAGAAAAAUGAAAGAAAAGAAAAAAAGAAAAUUAAUCAUAAAAAGAAAAAUAUCUCCGCAAAAGAUAUAUAUGUGUAAAUAUAUAUAUAUCUAUAUAUACAUGCACAGUAUUUUUAAGUACAUACUGUUAGUCUUUAUUGUCUGUGGUUGUGAUUGUUUUUUUUAAUUCUGGAUGUAACUGUUCAGGGUGCAAGACCUCACACUGAGCUAUACUUAAGAGAAGUUCAAAAACUGAGGAAUUUUUUAUGUUUGAUGAAUUUUUUUAUAUUUUAUUUUAAAUAACUAUUCAAAAAAGCCCCUCCUUGUCACUCCUUCAUGGUUUAUUCAAAUAUUUUUUUCUCCCUUAAACCUUAAAACAUGUAUUAGUUGUGAAACUAACUGCUCCCUCCUUUGUCCCACCCACCCCCGUAUCUCAUGCAUUACUGCAACUUUUCAGGACCCCUAAUAUGGGGUCUCAGAGGGUCCUACCGGGUCCCUGCUCUGGGAAGCAGGAUAUAAGCAAGCACACUUGGGCUGAGGUGAAGACCAACUGGGCUGCCUCUGCCAGGUAGGAGCAAGCCAGGGAGAGAGGGACAGCUUGGAUCUGUGCAUAAAAGCGGUGAACAGAGGGAGCUCCCACAAGACUUGUUCAGUCUGUCUUCAGCACCUGCUGGGGCUCUGUCCCCAAGCUCCAACCCAUGCUCUGCUCAGACUGGGGAACUGAAGAGUUCAUCUGUGGGGUGGCUGGGCAUUCCUCUGGCCAGCUCUGAUCCUGACUCUUGCUCUUCCCAGGUUUGGGGCUGUGUGGCAGUGGAAUAGCUUCAAUGCCGCAUGAGCCCUCUGGACCCCUGCCACUUUACUUGUCUAGCCUUAGGCAUGCUUCCAUUCUAUCUCUUGCUUUGACCCCACCAUUGGCUUUAGCCUGCCCUCUCUGCAUGACUGCUCCAUCUCUAGCGCACAUGCACAAGCACAUGUGUCCAUGUUUACACAAAGCUUAGAAACUGCGGGUGUUGACUGGGAGCAUCCAACGUUGGGAAAACAGGUUCCAGCCUAGGGAAGCCUUAGCCAGGGGAAGUGAGGGAGGAGGAGGUCAUGGUGUCUCGCCAGCCCAAUGCUGUAGCCUUGGUGACUUUGGGCUCCUUUCCUUCUUUAGUAGCAGCAUUCCUGUCCCUUUCUCUAGACUCCUCCAUCAUGCCUUACCUUUCCCAGUAAUGCAGUAGAAAAUGUACAUCUUUGGGCGGUAGCCCGGAUGACCACAGAGACAAGAAGAGGGGUGAAAAGUGAGCCAAGAAGCAGAGAGCAAAGCAGAAGGGAGCAAAGACUGAACGAUCUGUUUCUUCCUGCGGCAUGGCCCCCAUCAUCAUUCAGAGCCCCAUUUCCUGUCUCCUUUGUUCUUAAGGCAUUGCUUCCCGUGGAAUCUUCUAGAGUCCUUCUCCUUCAGAGGCUAUUGGUGGCUGGCUGAUUCCCAGGUGUCACCAGUGGACUUCACACAUCCUCAGUGUCUUCCUCCCAGAUGACGUUGCCACCCCACAGCAGGACCACUGCACCGAGGCAGAGUGUCUGGGCCCCCUGACAACUUUCCCUUUCACGAGUUACCAAAUCCAUUUAAGUUUUCCCCAGCUGCAACCUAUAGUGCUUGCAGAAGAAAUCUCUGCACCUGUUUCUUUCCCUGGACCUCUUGAUGGCAAACAACCAACUCCAAGUAUUUAGCUUUGGUAGGUAAGCCUGUUGGUACCUCGUUCUUUCUUUUCAUUCUGCCCCCCCCAACAUAGAUUAUGCCAAUAGACCUCCAUAUUUCAUUUCUCUAAGCACAUACAGAACAGUUGUCUUUUUCAUAUUUCUAAGAAAUAUGGUCCGAUCAGUGGAACAAGAACUGGUUUUGCUGGCAUUGUUUCUGCAAGCCUCCCCUCCACCCUUCAAGCUUGGAUGGCUCUGCCUUGGGACUCUUCAGGUCCCUUAAGGACAUAAUGGGGCAAGUUAAGGGGAUCUAAGCCCAUCAAACCUGCUCCCAUUGACUCCAUUCGCCCCAGAAUUUCUGAUUUCCCAAGCACAGUCUGUCUCUAUAAAGUGUUUCUCUGCUCUUUAAGCUCAGACUUGUCCCAUAACUGGAACCAGGAAUGUCAGGACGAAUCCCCAAAGCCCAAGUAGAUCGGGAGCUGGGAGACGGCAGGCUCUAUCUUCCCAACUGUCCGAAUCUCCCAAUUCUUUGUCGCCCCUGUGGCCUCUCAGCAGCAGUGACUCCUAGGGUCCCAUGGUGGCUAAAUGAGGGCGGAUCCUCUCUGGUCCCAAGGAUAACUGUCCUGGUCAUGUGACCUUUCAUGCUACUGGCUUCCGACCCAGUACAAACCCAAUUCUCAGAAAAACAUACGGUAUUUUUUUUUAAAGCACCAAAUCAUAUUACUUUCUCCAUUCCUCCUGCAGCCUGACCUGUUGUCACCGCCAGAUGUUUAUCUUCCUCUGAGCAGCUCUGGGAAGGUCGGGUGCCCCUUCUUCACUUGCAUCUGAGUUCCCUUUGCAGUGCCCCAUGUCCCCAAAAAGAAGUCGUGAUUUCCUUGUCUAUUCCAUGCCUCGCUGACGGGGUCUCUCAUGAACCCUAAGUCUUGAUGCUUCUGGACCUGUGAAAAAUUCUCUACCUUGAAGCAGAGCAAGAUGGCUGCCGUGUGCAGGUUUGGGCCCCUGGUGUAGAGGAGUCUAGGUGAGAAUAAGGUUAGGGUGUGACCAAUACCCUGCGGUGCUAAGAAGUCUUGAUCCGAGUGGUUGUGUAUGGUCAUCUUGCAUCUACUUGCACAGCAAUUGGCAAAUACUAAAAUAACCGCACCAGGUCUGGUUUGAGGCAUGGGAUACAAAUUUGGCAUGAAAAGGGAAGAGAGGUCAGUGUAAAUCCAAGAGCCCAAGUGGCGAUUGAAAAACUGACAGGGAAAUCUAAGCAUGCUCCAGGGAAUCCUGGGAAAGACAAUACAGGGGAGAAGGAGAGGACUCUAAGGAGUCAAGCUCUUCCAGUGCCCAACCAGUCUCCCAGGGAGCAGUUCUAAGCACUGCAUAUUAAACACCCACUGAUUCCUGGGCUCCACUCUUCUCAAGACACAAAAUCCCUUCCUGCAGGAAGGAAGCUAGGCUUAUCCUUUGGUCCUUUCAUCAUGGAUAUGAGGGGGCAUUAUGGGAGCCUACUCCGGGUUCAAGUAUGUCCUUCCACUAUCUCCCCUCCUCAAACAGCUCUGUCCCGGUUUGGGCAGCUUUCCUUUCUCAUCUACAGCCCAGCCUCUGUAAUGUGGCAUUGGUGAUGAUUAUCCAGCUGCAGGCUACAGCCUUAUUAGCUCUUCAGAGCAUCCUAAGUCAACAUGUGCCUGUCUCAACUUUGAAAUGUAUGACAAUGUCAAAGGCAAGCCCGUUUUCUUAUGGGUUUUCUCUAAGCCUUUCCUUGAGGGAAAGGAAGAUGUAGUAACAAAGUCUGCCUCGCCUUUCCCAUCUCUGGAUGGUCUAAAGGUUUCUGGUUCAUACUCCAAAUGCUGUAGCUGUUGCUGCUGGCUGAACUGACUUGACCUAGUCCUGGCUUUCUCCUCUGCUUACCCGGCUCUUUCUGCCUUGUUCAGCUCCCAGGCAUCAUCUCUUUCUCUCGGUACCUUUCUUUGCAGUGACUGGCAGGACACAGCAGGAAUGUUCUGGAGCCAAAGGUCAUGAGUGCUAUUAAUGAUGGCUCCAGUGCAGCAGACAGACUGCCUCUGCAGGAGAUGCUCCUUCUCCAGGCCAGCACCUGUGCCAGGGGCUAAGAAUAGACCACAGGGACGGGAGCAGGUGGGACCUAGGGACACCUGCCCUGGGAUGCCCAUUGCGUGAAGAAAAAUGUGACUGCCCAAGUAGAAGAUGCUGUCCUGUGCUGGUCCCCAGAGGAAUCCCUCACCCCCUCCUCACACUGAAGUCAGUCAGCCAUCAGUGUUCCAGCUUUCAGGGAGGCUAGCUUCUGGAACAUCACCCUCCACGCCAAAGGAGAAAGGAUAUUUAUGACUUCUUUCUUGGGUACAGUGCUGGCUGGUAACUGGGAGAGCACCUGUCUCUAAGUAAGCUUUGGCCAUCUGUCACUGCGGAUACAGACGAGCAGUCCAUCCUUGAUGUAGCCCUGGGGCCCUCAGGCUUAGACACUCGCUUUAGCUUCACACUUCCUAGGUGCUCUGCCUAAAGCUAGAAAGAGCAUGAAGGGCCACGGGCCGAUACAGGGCUCCACUGCGGUCAUGGGUGCCACUUCGCCUCUCGGUGCCUUGGUUUCUCCAUCAUAAAAUGGAUGAAGAGCAGAUCAGGCCACCUCUGCUUUCCCGCCUGCUCAGGGAUGCUCUGAAGAUUCAGUCAGUGCUGACUGUAGUGAAGGCAUCUCAUAGGAAGAAGGGUGACCCCACUUCUUGGGGAGUAGAAGUAUGUAAAAAGAGGAGGUUUCAGGUACACUUGGUACCCAGAAGCCCAGGAGGUGAGCAAGAAGGACAUGCGAGCAGGAAGAGAGCCCUGGAGUAGUCAGCUACAUCGCAGCAUUGCUAACUCGGUGCAGUAGCAGCUGGCCAGGGACAUCCGGUCACCUGACUUCUGCUAGGCAUCUGUCAAUCCUUACAUCCCACGAUGUUAGUUUUUCCUGAAAGACCAAGGAAGCUACAGGGGAGUCUGCUUCUGGGAAUGGAUGUUCACUGAGGACCUGACAGGCAUGAGGGGGGAUGAGCAGAGCAAGUCUGCAGAUGGUGUGGGGGGUGGCAGGAAGCUCUUUGGGAAGUAUCUCAAAGCCUUGGGGUUUCCCUUCUCAAAUGGACUCAUUCCCCUCCAGCUAAAGCUCAGCUGUACUUUUCCAACACCUGUCUUGCCAGCUACAAAUGCUUGGGCACAUGGUAGGUUUUCACCACUCCCUGGUGUGCUGUGCUUGGAGCCUGCAGGCCGAGAUUCAGGAUACGUGGGGCUGGAGAGGAGCAUGCAGUUGGUUUUGCCUUUCUUUAUCUUUGUCUAAAUUGGGAUUUUUCCCCCAUCACAAUUGGAAUUGAAAAAGUUAAGUUCAAUUUCUUUUCCAGUCCCCCACCCAUUUUUUUUUGUUUUGUGUUACUAUGGUUUGACUGUUAUAGUUUCAAAUACCAAGAUAUACUUGGAACAAGCAAACAGACCCAUCCUAAGAACCUAACUGUUCUUAGGACCUAACCCAGAGUGAGAGCAGGUGGGAGCCAUGGAGGAUGUUAGCACUCAGGGGUGCUGCCGUGAUACUAAUUCUAAAUUGGUUCCCAAAACUGUCUUGUAAAACAAAGCUAUAGAAGUUCCAGUUCCCAUGGAUCAGUCCACCUGGUCCUGGCUGGGUCUACUCUGCUAUAGAAAUGCUCACCAAAAAUUACAAAAAGCAAGAAAAGUCACUUUCUGAGACGGCCCCAGAGGAACAGAGCGUUCUCAAGGGCAGGUCUUGGGUACCGCUGCCAAAUUCUUCUGCCCCUGACCAUGGAGCCCCGGUCUGACUCCAUUCCCACCUGCUCUGAGUCUGGUCUGCAAGGUUAAUGCUAUAUUCGAUGCAGAGGAUAAACCAGCCCCACUCUGAAAGUCAGUGAUAGCUCCUUCGAGUUUGUCUGAAUGUGUAGCAAGGCCGACCCUGCUGGCCUUAUUCCCACAAGGUAUUUCAGAUGGCGACCAAAAGGAAGGAACACAGAGGACCCCCCUGCUGUGCCUGUGUGCUCACCAUGCUCAUUCUGACUCAUGAAAGGAUCCUGCAGCGUUUGUGAACAGCAACUCAAAGAUGGAUGCUUGGCGCCUCGGAGAGCCUCAGUGGAUGGUAGGCGAGAGAUAAGGAAGAGGCAGGAUUCCGGAAGUAAACUGGAGGAAACUGUGUCCAGCUGGUCAGUGCUUCCAGUUCCUUAGGGCAGAAACGGCAUUAAGUGUAUUCUUUCCAAACACAGGAAACUGAUGUUACAGAGUGACGUCUUUAAGCAUUUUCCUUGUUUUAACAAAAGGGUCAGAGAAAGCAUUUAAAUACAAGCAUGGUGCUUUCUCAUGGACAGAUUGUGUCUUUGGUGAUGAGACCUGCAGGACUCUGCCCUUUUGCCAGUGUACCCAAGUCAAGUCACUCUGGGGCCAAUUUCUCUUUCUGUGCCAUGAGAAUAUUGCUUACCUACCUCACAGGGGUGUUGUGAGGAUAAAGCAGGGUAAGGUUUGGUAGCGCACUUUGAGGAUAACAGUGUUAUGGUUACUAGGUUUGCUCUGUGUUUAAUGCCUUUGCUCAGCACUAACGGAGCACUGACUGGGUACAAGGUGCCAUGCUCUAUGUAGGAAAAAAAAAAGAAUCACGGGCUAAUUCCUUAUUUACUCUCAUUUAAGAAUAUUUUAAAUCAAUAACAGAAUAGGAUGAUGGAGUUGUCUCAGUGUGGGGCUAUAUUAUCGUUCUGCUCCCAGAAAGGCCACUCUCCCUUCAGAGGAUUUGAAAAGUGGUGCUUUCUGCCCUCUGACUUCGGUCAGAGACGGUGUUCCUGAGAUGCUUCCUCUGCUUGUAGGGAGAGGAAGGCAGGGAUGAGCUCGUGCACCCUGGGACCAGCACUUACUGUUUUGGGUUCUGUUACUUCAAUGAUUCCUCCUGGGCUCAGUGUGGCAGCAGGCCCUCCUCUCUGUUUAGACACAGAGAGUGAGUCCACUUGGCCAUCCUGGAACAACUUGGUACUUUUUGGUUUGUUCAUUUCCCCGGAAAGUCUGGUACUCUGUUUGCUGGAAAAUCUUGGCUUCCAAAGAUGAGGGUCUUUGCCAGAAAACAAAAUGUGCAACUGUCUUGUGCGCGUUUGCAUUUUAGUGGUGGUGGGGGAGGAGAUUUUCAAAUCUCGUAUAAAAGACCUUGCAUAGGACAAAGCCUGUUUAAACUUCUCAUUUGCUUUUCCAUGUGCAUUAAGCUCUUCCCUUCCCAACACACGCUAAGAGCCAAGUGUGUCUUCUAACAAAUAGCACAUCUAAGCUAUGCAGGGAGUACCAUGCCACAGGCUCACUUGUUUCUGCAGAGAAUCAACAAGUAAAGGUUCCAGCCGCAAAUCCAGGAUCUCUGGAAAUACUCCCUGGCCUAUUAGUUAGGGGACUCCCAGUGUCUGCAGAGCUGUGUCCCUGAGUCCCCAGAAACUCUCCUGCCACCAGAGAGCCUCCUUAGAACCUGGUGGGAGCAUCCUCUUUGUCUUAGACCCAGAAUGAAACCACCUAUUAUUCUUUAAAAUUGUCCUAUGAUGCCAGUCUUUGAAGAAAGGAAAGCAUGGCUGUUUUCCUUGGAGAGAGGAGAAGUGACAGAGAAAGGGAAGGUUACUUGUCUUGGAUGAGGACUGGAGAGGUCUGGGGUGAGUUCCCCUAGGCAUCUGAGGAGUGCUAGAUGACAUGUCCUUGUGCUUAUAAUCCAGGGCCCUUGGCAGGGGUGGCUUCUGUUUCGAGCCUUCUGAACUCCCAGCUGCUUUGCUGCCCUUUCUCAGUGUGGACAAGCAAAAGACCUUCUUCCUGUGCUGCCAGUCCUUAUGUAUGCCUCCUUCUAGCCAAUCUCUCCUCCUUCCCCUCACCCCCGCUGUCCUUCAUAACCCCAGAAUCAUACAGGACUUAUUACAUCCAAGUGUAGCCUAUCUUCAGGCCCUGGAAAAAUUGGUAGAACUUCUAUGGCCAAACUCAACUAUGAAUAAUAUUUCCAUUAUCUCUCCCCAUCCACAGAGUGUUUUCUGGAAAAACAAACUUCCAAGAAAACCACUUUCCUGUUAGUAUUAAAAAAAAUAAUAAUAACUGUGCCUUCGGGCGUGAGGAAAGCAGUUUGGAGGUGAGUUGUGACGGAUGAGAGCUCAGCACUGGAGAGACAGCCAGAACCACUCUUCACACUCAGCCCAGGCUUUCUGCUGUUAAGAAAAGGAUAGCCUCGUUGCAAAAAAAAAAAAAAAUGUUAAGAAAAGGAAGGAACGAAGGAAGA